AUGGCAUCUCAAAUAACCAUCACGCCCAUCUCUGCAUCCGCUGAGUCGUCCAUAAAUUUCGGGGCCAUCGUCUCAAACGCCGACAUCGAAAACAUCACCGAUGCCGACUUUGACGUAAUCCGUGAAGCCCUCUUCACCCAUCAAGUCCUCGUCUUCAAAAACCAAAACCACGUCUCUCCCAAAGCUCAGUACGAAAUCACUCAGCGAUUCGAUCCUGAAGCUGCAGGCUCGUACGGCCAUGGGAAGACUAUUGAUGCGAAGCGCUCUAUUCUUCAUCCUGAUCUCAAGACUAUUCCUCAUCAACCCCAAGUCCAAGUUAUCGGCAACGGUUUUGUGGAAGAGUAUGAAGGUCUGAAGAAUAUCCAGCUCAGGCAUCCCCAUCACCGGACGUUCCACGCUACUACUAUCCCUGAUGAGAAAGAUCUGGAUUUCACACGGUUCUACAGAUGGCACAUUGACGCUGCUCUGUACGGCCUUGCUCCUCCCGUCGUUACAUCCCUCCUUGCCGUUCGUGUCCCGGGAGGUCGCAAGCAAACUCUUGUCUAUGACGAUGGCUCAGACGAGCAAAUGACUGUGCCACUUGGUACAACAGCCUUUGUGUCUGGUUACGCCAUGUACGACCGACUCUCGCCUGCGGAUAAGGAGUUUGUGCGCACCACGAAAGUGGAAUAUGCUCCGCAUCCGUACGUGUGGAUGAGUGGUGCAAAGUCCCGCUCCGACGCUCUGGGCUUGGUGUCUGAAGGAAAAGAAAUCCCGCUUGACAAGCUCCCUCCUAUUGAGGAAGACAAGAUCCAGAUUCUCCCCAUGUGCUGGCGUAACCCUGUUACAGGCCGUUCAGCUCUUCAGGUGCACCCCUCAGCUGUGCGAAAGCUGCAUCUUGCUGAUGGUACGGUUAUCGAGGAUCUUGCUGAGGUGCGAGAGCGGGUUCAUGAUCUUCAGCGACCUGGCAUUUCUCCUGAGAGGGUUUAUCCUCAUGAUUGGGAGCAAGGAGAUUUCGUUCUUUUCCACAACCGGGGAUUGAUUCAUUCCGUGGUUGGGGCGUUUGCUGAGGAUGAGGUGAGGUUGUUUAGGCAGUGUAAUAUUGCUGGUAGCAAGUUGCCUGAGGGUCCUCUGCCUACUGUUUCAAUAUAG